AUGGAAGUUCCCGAGGGUGUUCAGCUGGUCAGCUUCACGGACGAUCUUGCUAUUGUCGGAGUCGCCAAAACGAGCGAACUUCUAGAAAACCUGGUAAAUCCUGUCCUUGAGAAAAUCGAUGACUGGAUGGCUACCCGGAGACUCCAGUUAGCUCACCACAAGACGAAGGCAGUCAUGCUGACAAAGAAGUGGGCUUACAACCCUCCCCAGCUCAGCAUAUGCGGCAUUCCUAUCCAGCUAAACAAGCACUUAAGGUACUUAGGUGUAAUACUCGACUCGCGCCUUUCCUUCGUAAAACACGCUGAGUCGGUAGCAAGGAGGGCGUCCACGUCGGCGGUAGCCCUAUCAAGGCUAAUGCCGAAUAUCAGGGGACCCUGCCAGUGGAAGAGGCGACUUCUAGUAUCAGUAGUGGAGAACCAGCUGCUCUACGCCACCCCAGUCUGGUCGGAAGCUGCAAGCUCAACGGCCAAGGUAAGAACUAUCUUAAGGAGACCUCAGAGAGUGGCAGCCCUGAGAACCAUAAGGGCCUACAGGACUGUCUCUAACGAAGCCGCUUUCGUACUAUCAGGCAUACCGCCAGUAGACCUGAUAGCCGCAGAGAGGGCCAGGAUAAAGGCUAGGGCGCUGGAAGUUCCCCUACCUGGGGACUCUCCCCCCACCAGAAGCAAGAUCAAAGAAGAGGAAAGGAGGAUCACAAUUGAGUAA